AUGCCUGCACAGCAUCCCUACCUGAAGCUCAAGCUGCCAGAGAACGCGCCGUUUGUGUUGAAACCCUCUCCAGGAAAGGGAUGGGGCGUCUUUGCAACGAAAGACCUCAAGAAAGGAGAAUUAAUCUUGAGAGAGGAUCCUCUCUUCGUUAUCCGAAAGCCCAUUGAUAAGUCCAUAGAUUUGGCGGUCCUUGCAGGUUUUCAGAGACUGAAGCCGGCGGAUAGACAGCAGUUCCUGUGCCUCCGCGAGAAUAGUUCCAAAAUAUACACCAACAUGACGGAUGCCUUCUAUGGCAACAAUAUGACAGUGUCAAGCGUCGUUAAGCUCAAGGACAGUGAGCAUCCUGCCCGCGGCAUGUUCAUCCUCCAGCCGAGAUUCAACCAUUCGUGUGUCGCCAACUGCAAGGCUCCCUUUGACGGAAAGGAGUGCAUCUCAACCUAUGCAAUCAGAGAUGUAGCUGCUGGCGAAGAGCUCACCAUCUGUUACGAUGGUAGCCUCACAUUCUAUCCCGCGAAGGACCGCCACGACGCCCUGGGCUUUGUAUGCGAUUGUCCAGCGUGUCUGCCUGGGACUGGCUUUCAGAAGCUCAGCGAGGCUCGACGAACGCUCCUCCGGGGGCUCAUGUACCUGCAGGACGGUGAAGAUAUAGACAGGAAAAAGCACAGCCCCGGGUCAUCGAUCAUCAUGGAUCCGAAGCUGAAGAAGGCAGCCGAACAGUCCAGAAUCACCCUCGCUAAUAGGUUCAUCUACCAGCUCCUGGUGCUGUUUCUCUUGGAGGAAGAAGGGAUGCUGGAUAUCUACACCCUCAAGUCGCUCCGCCGCAGACUCGAUAGGACCGUCAACCUCUUCCAGGAGGAGAGAAAUGCACGAAUCGCCAGGCUCGCCAUGAGACGCAAGACCUGGCUGAGGAAGUUCCUGACGGCCUUUAAGCUGUACGGACAGGAAGACGGCGCCGAUUUCUUCGCUUCGAUGUAUUUUGGAAAGAAAGGCGGCACGCACACUGUCUUUGUCUAG